AUGGCUGCGGCCGGCGACCUGGUGCUGCUGCCGGUCGGGCUGUUGAUCGGCGGCGACGGGACCAGAGGCUCGCUCAAGGGCUGGCGGAAGAUAUGCGUGGGCGGCGCGGUGGCGCGGGUUGUCUCGAUCGGCGGCAGUCGCGACUGCCGCCUCACCCUCCUCGGCGUCGACGGCUUUGCUCACGAGAUGAGUGCGCCGGCGUCCGUGCUGCAGCCGGCAGCGUCGCGCCUCGACGCCGAGGUGGCGCUCGCCGACCCGCUCGCUGAGGCGGCGACGGCGCACGUGGCGGCGCAGGUGCGGGCGGAGCGGGCGCGCCAGGCGGCGGAAGCGGCCAGCGCGGCGCCUCCGCUUGCGGCCGGCGACCUGGUGCUGCUGCCGGUCGGGCUGUUGAUCGGCGGAGGGCGCAGAGGCUCGCUCAAGGGCUGGCGGAAGAUAUGCGUGGGCGGCGCGGUGGCGCGGGUUGUCUGCGUCUCGAUCGACGGCAGGAGCGACUGCCGCCUCACCCUCCUCGGCGUCGACGGCUUUGCUCACGAGAUGAGUGCGCCGGCGUCCGUGCUGCAGCCGGCAGCGUCGCGCCUCGACGCCGAGGUGGCGCUCGCCGACCCGCUCGCUGAGGCGGCGACGGCGCACGUGGCGGCGCAGGUGCGGGCGGAGCGGGCGCGCCAGGCGGCGGAAGCGGCCAGCGCGGCGCCUCCGCUUGCGGCCGGCGACCUGGUGCUGCUGCCGGUCGGGCUGUUGAUCGGCGGCGACGGGACCAGAGGCUCGCUCAAGGGCUGGCGGAAGAUAUGCGUGGGCGGCGCGGUGGCGCGGGUUGUCUGCGUCUCGAUCGACGGCAGUCGCGACUGCCGCCUCACCCUCCUCGGCGUCGACGGCUUUGCUCACGAGAUGAGUGCGCCGGCGUCCGUGCUGCAGCCGGCAGCGUCGCGCCUCGACGCCGAGGUGGCGCUCGCCGACCCGCUCGCUGAGGCGGCGACGGCGCACGUGGCGGCGCAGGUGCGGGCGGAGCGGGCGCGCCAGGCUGCGGAGGUCAAUGCCCUCGAGGAGCGCAUGGCCGAAGCUGCUGUUCGGCGCGACGCCCGGGCUGCCGCCCUUGCACCGCUGCCGAUGGCCAGCGGGGAGGCGCGAGUGGCUAGCACUCGAUGCGUCGUCGAUGGGCUGCAGUGGCACCGGCAGAAGCUGGGGACCUCGCACGCCACGGGGCUGGCGCCGGUGUGGCUCCGCCUCGCGCGCGAUGACGGCUGCGCUCUUUUGGCUGCUGACCUCGUCGAAGCGGGCGGUGACCUCCUCGACGAGGUGGCCGGCGCCCUCGACGCCUUCGAUGCCGCUGGCGGGCGGCAGGGGCUGCACGGCGCUUCGGGCAUGCUGCAUCCCCGGCCGUGCCACCUCCCGCAGCUCAACGUCAACAUCGACCUCAACAAGCAGCAGAGCUUCUCGCUCGCGGGCGGCGGAGCGCGUGGCCGUUUCUCUGAAGCAGGCUCCACCGCACGCACGCACGAGGCGCGGCAAGAGCAGCUCGCGAGCUACCGCGGCGCCGGCCCCGCUCUCGCUCGGUUGUGCAAGGGGUGCAGCGACGGCAUCAACAACGGCACUGGCAUGGGCCUGUCUGAGGUUCGUUCUCUCAACUUCUCCCGCACCCACGGGCCCAACAAGAGCUGGGCUGGCACUCGCGGCGUGGCCGACAGCUCGGGGCUGAGCGGCGCCGCUGAGACGGCGAUAAAGCACGCGGCGCACCAGGACGGCGACACGCGCACGACGCACCACUCGCUGUGCAGGCUGAUCGUCUGCCUCAAGGGGCGCGGCGCUGGCCUCGCUGUCUCCACGAUGGACGAAGAGCUGCUCGCUGUCUGCGCGCAGGCGGAGGGCGGCGGUGGCGUCGCCCUCCACCCCUCGUUCAACGAGUCGCGACCAGCUAUCGCGACGGCGGAGGAGCGGCUGCACGGCACCUACCUCGAUGAGGCGGGGUUGCCGCUCGACAACCAGACCAAGCUCCAGAUCAAUGUGUUCCGCGACGGCCGGCUCUGCGAGGAGUGCAAGGCGGGCACGUGCGAGGGCGGCUGCGUGCCCGCCCGGCUUUGGGCCGGUGGCGUGUGGCUUGAGCCGUCCGAGAUGGUGCUGCUGGGGCACCCGGAGGCGGCGGUGGCCACACCAGGGCUGAAGCGGCCACAGGGCGAUGACAGCACUGAGGGCACGCCGCGCAAGCAGCACCAGAAGCGGGCCCACGACUACGUGGAUCAGGCGUCGUGCAGUGCCUCACUGUGGGGCCCAAUGACGCGCCACACCAACAAAAUGUGAGGAGAGAGAGAGAGAGAGCGAAUCAUCGUGCAUGUCUAUCAUCGUGCAUGUCUAUCGUUUGAGCCAACGGAGCGCCCUGUAUAGCCCGCAUCUACCUGUAGACACGCUUUGUCUAGCGAGGUUUGGGGGGGUGACUGCUGCCGCUCAACUCUUUCUUUUGUAAAAAAUCUUUUUUCGUGUGUU